AUGGAUAAAGAAUGGAUGAAAAGAAAUAGAUUGUCUAAGGAAUAUGAAGAGGGUGUUGAGUAUUUCAUGGAAUUUGCCAGAAAAAAUGGCGACGACCCUAAUAUGAUACCUUGCCCAUGUAUGAUGUGUCGAAAUUUUAAAAAGUUAAGUGGUGUAGACGUAAGAGUACACCUUUACAAAUGUGGUAUAGAUUCGUCAUACAAAAAUUGGAUUCGGCAUGAAGAAAAUUUUGCGGAACGCCCAGAUGAAUUUGUAAGAUUGAUUGAGGAGUCCGAAAAGCCAAUUUAUCCCGAGUCUAAGGUUACAAAAAUGUCAUUCUUGAUUAGGAUGUAUAAUUUAAAGGCUAGAAAUGGAUGGAGUGACAAUGGGUUUUCUCAAAUACUUUCUUACAUGUGUGAGAUUUUUCCUGAAGGUAACAAUAUCCCUAGUAGUACUUAUGAGGCGAAGAAGAUAUUGCGAUCACUGGGCAUGGAGUAUGAAAAGAUACAUGCAUGCCCAAAUGAUUGCAUUUUGUUUAGGAAUGAGUUUGCUGAUGCUAGUAAUUGCCCUGUGUGUAAGUACUCUCGAUGGAAGUUGAAUGAUAAUGGGAAAGAGCUUAAAAUUGGCACUCCUGCAAAAUUGUUGUGGUAUAUUCCCCCGAUCCCUAGGUUUAAGCGAUUAUUUUGCAAUCCAGAACAUUCAAAGAGUCUUGUAUGGCAUGACGAAGAGAGAAUUAAGGAUGGAAAAUUGCGUCAUCCAGUGGAUUCUCCAUCUUGGAAGAAAAUUGACGAUAUGUAUCCAAAAUUAGUUUUGGAUCCUAGAAAUCUUCGUCUUGGUCUUUCUGCAGAUGGAAUUAAUCCUCAUAGUUCAAUGAGUAGCAAUUAA